AUGCUUUUCUUUAAAAAAUAUAAUAAAGAAGUUAUGGACUUUUUAAAAGAAAAGGGAUUUGGAGGAAAAUUAUUUUGGAAUUCCCCAAAACCAAUAUAUCAAGGGAAUGAUUGUGAUUGGCCAUCUGAAAGAGAAGUGUUUGCAAGAAGGUUAGGUUUUAUAGAUAAUUAG